AUGAGAGGACGUGUUUCUCGUGCCUGCCUUUUACUUACGCGUCCAUUGAAAUCUAAUUACCUUUUCUUUAAAGAUGAAAAAAAGAAUAAGACAUGCAUUUUCUCAGUAAAUGUUCACCCAGACGGUUCUAGAGUUGCUACAGGUGGACUAGAUGGGAAAAUCAAGAUAUGGAGCACGGCAGCCCUCUAUGAUGAAUCAAAAGAAAAUAAUGGGAGUGUCACAGGGUUGCUAUGCACAAUGGGGUUGCAUACGGGUCCAGUUUUAUGUGUUCGAUGGUCUCAAAUAGAGGGAAGGCAUUUAGCAUCAGGAUCGGACGAUAAAAUAGUUUUAAUAUGGGAAUUAGACAGUGGCUAUGGUGGAAAAGUGUUUGGUAGUGAUGAGCAAAAUGUGGAGAAUUGGAAAAUAUCCAAAAGAUUGACUGGUCAUGAAUCUGAUGUUGUGGAUAUUGCUUGGUCUAGUGAUAAUACCUAUUUGGCUUCCUGCGGACUGGAUAAUCUCGUGUUUAUAUGGGAUGGCCAAACUUUUGAAAAACUAAAGAAGAUUGAUGACCAUAAGGGAUUUGUUAAAGGAGUAGCAUGGGAUCCUAUUGGAAAAUACCUUGCGACCGAGUCUGAUGAUAAAACCAUGAGAAUUUGGAGAACUUCAGACUGGGAACCCGAACAUGUAGUGAAGGCACCAUUUACCUCAUCACCUACCACGACCUUUUUCCGACGAUUAUGUUGGUCUCCCGAUGGAACACAUCUUUCUGCAGCAAAUGGCUCUCUAGACGCAAUCGCUGUUGCGCCUAUUUUAGUCAGAGAGGAAUGGAAAGCUGACAUUUCUUUAGUUGGACAUAAUGCGCCGAUCGGAGUUGUGCAAUUUAAUCCAGUACUCUUUGUGAUACCGGAUUUGGAUGCUGCGGAUCGAAACGCUGGAAGUUUGGGGAGUAUUAUUGCAGUUGGCAGUCAAGACUAUAGCAUUUCUAUUUGGGCGACAAAAAGAUCACGACCAAUAACUGUAAGUCAAAGGAUGUUUAGACAAAGUGUGAUGGAUCUCUCUUGGGCGCCUAAUGGAAAAGAUUUAUUUGCGUGUUCAUAUGAUGGUAGUGUGGCGAUACUUCGAUUCCAAGACAGCGAAUUUGGAAUUCGUAGUAAAAUCGAAGAUAAGGAAAAAAUCAUGGCGAAAUAUGGAUAUAAACGUAAAGAGCCAAUUUCAUUAGAGAACACCUCGCAGAUAGCAUUAGAAGAGGAACGAGCAGUCAUAAAUAAAAAUAUAAAAUCUAAACGAAUUCACGAUAUUAUGCAGGGUGAAUCAACUUCAUCUUUUAGUACAACAAAUAAUUACAAUAACGGUGCUACAUCUUCAAAUGGACACGAAGUGAUUGUAAUCAAUGAUUCAUCGGAAACCCCACCAUCUCCUACGGAUCAUGUUGCAGUUCUUAUACCUCCUUUGGACAUGAAGUCUACUUCUGCUAUAUCAUCGAGUAGUAUAACAAGUAGUAAUCAUAUUCAUAAUGAUAGUGGGAUGGAUGGGGUAGAACAAACAUCAGCUCCUCCAAUUCCCCCAGCAUUUGCAUCAUCAUCAUCGUCUUCACAAAUACCCACAGAAAAUAAACUACAUACUUCAUCAUCAUUAUCUUCUUCUUCUAAUGGACCAUCAUCAUUUAUUACGCGACCCUUACUCCAAUCCUCACAAAAUCAUUCUGUUAUUAAUGGACAUUCUAUUCAUUUUGAUCCUCCCUCGUCAAUUUUACCGUCAGGCGGAGUACCAGCCUUGUUAGUUGGAAAUAAAAGAAAAGAAUCACCAUCUCUGCCAGAACCAUCAUCACUCACAACAGUAUCAACAUCUGAAACCGAUGGAGUUCCCUCCAAAAAGCAUCAUUCUAUUACUACUGGAAAAUCAAAGAUUGAUAAUACCGCCACUACUUCUAUGGACAUUCAUUUCGAUUCACGUGUUAUAAAUUCCGCUUAUUCUGCAUAUAUAUCACCCAUGAUCACAAUGUCACAAGUGAGAUUAGCACAACCAAAGGUUCUAAAUAGUCUGAGAAAGGAUAUAGUCGGAUUUUCAAAUAGAAGAUUGGAAUGUCAAAAUUAUGUAGAUAAAAGGCCAUCAAAACUGAUAUGUAGUGAGGCUGAUAAUAUUUUGUGGAUAGAUUUUAUACCGAGUAAAGUAUUGCUAUUGGUUGGUUAUACUCGAUUUAGUGCGGCUGCUUGCGAUGAUGGCAGUUUGUAUGUAUAUUCAGCAGCUGGUAAACGACUACUACCUCCAAUAGUAUUAGAAACCCCGGCAUCAUUUUUAUCAGGGCUAGAUAGUUACCUCUUAUGUCUGAGUCAAGCAGGUUUAUUAAAUGUUUGGGAUUUGACACGUCGAACCGCGAUAAUAUCAUCUGUUUCAAUAGCACCAAUCCUACAAGCUGCAACACUAUCAAAUACAAAUUUCAAUCAACAAACCAUUGUUUCUACGACACUCCGUCCCAAUGGAAUACCCAUGCUAAAAACCACGAGUGGUGAUGUAUGGAUAUUUCACUUAGAAAUGAGGAAUUGGAUGCGAGUCUAUGAUCCACGUUACACAAGUCUAAGAACUCAACUUAAUGGCAGCGAACUAUCGACGGUAUUAUCGAUAUUGGAAGGGAACUCUGUGGAGCCUGAUGUCGAUAAGCAGGCGAUAAUGGAACAUUUGAAUCCAGUCAGUAAUGCAAAUAAAGAAAUUCUACAUAAAGAAGCUCUACAUGAAGCGUCACAGUCAUUUGGACAGAUAGAGAAUGAAUUAAUAUCUGCCGAGAUACUAAAUUCACGGACCGAGUUUCGGCGUAAUUUAGCUCUGUAUGCACAACAAUUGGCCGAUACUGGUUCUAUUGCAAAAGCGGAAGAACUUUGCGAAGAAUUAUGGGUUUCCGAUACAAAGGAGGGUGAUUCAUCCUCUUAUGAACCAAUGUCCAAUCAUAAGCUUUUACGCGAGAUUCUUCCCAUAUUAGCCUCAAAUCGCUCUUUUCAACGAGUGCUUUCAGAAUACGAAUCACGAUUGCGAGAUCAAAUGGAGGAAUAA